AUGAUGGAGCUCGCAAAGUCCAAGGGCAUCGGCCUCGCCGUCGGCCACGCCGCCGGGCUCGUCGACCCGAGCCUCGCUGCGGCCGCCGUCGCGGACGCGCCAACCGCAAAGCACGGCUGCUGGGGGCACAGCACCUCUUCGUCGGGGCAGCCUCCGCCGACGGCUCGCCUCGUCAUCCCGGACAACGAGCCGCCGCCGCCACCCGGCAAGAUCAUGGGCACGGUCAAGACCUUCAACAUGGAGAAGGGCUUUGGCUUCAUCCUGCCCGACGGCGGCGGCGAGGACGUCUUUGUUCACUCUCGCGAAGUGACCGACGGGAACGCGCUGGCGCGCAACGCGCGCGUCUGCUUCCGAGCCGAGUUCGACCCCCUCAAGCAAAAGACAAAGGCGGCGGACGUCACCGGCGGACACGGGCGGGCGCCUGCUCCUCCUUAG